AUCCCCGCCCGCUUCAUUCCUGCGUUGUUUGGGGACAGUAGGAAGAUGGCGGCGGCCCCGCUGUACUGUGUCUGCCGGCAGCCCUACGAUGUGAGCCGGUUUAUGAUCGAAUGCGACAUCUGUAAGGACUGGUUUCACGGCAGCUGCGUUCACGUUGAGGAGCACCAUGCCGUGGAUAUCGACGUCUACCACUGCCCCAACUGCGAUGUCAAACACGGACCCUCCCUGAUGAAAAGGCGCAACAACUGGCACAGACACGAUUACACGGAGCCAGAUGACGGGUCCAAGCCGGUCCAGGCCGGUACCUCUGUGUUUGUUAAGCAGCUCCAGCACAGGACCUUCCCGAGUGCAGAGGAGAUCCUGAUACGGAUGAAGGGCGAGCAGGUGACCACCAGGUAUCUGGAGAGACACGGCUUCAACUACCCCGUCGUGAUCACGGAGAUGGAGGGCCUGGGUCUGAAGCUGCCCCCUCCCACCUUCUCCGUCAAAGACGUGGAGCAGUAUGUGGGUGGUGACAAAGUUAUCGACGUGAUUGAUGUGGCACGGCAGGCGGACAGCAAGAUGAAACUCAGCGAAUUUAUCAAGUAUUUCACCAAACCCCAUCGACCCAAAGUCCUCAACCUCAUCAGCCUGGAGUUCUCCGACACAAAGAUGGCAGAGUUGGUCGAGGUUCCCGAUGUGGCCAAGAAAAUGUCCUGGGUGGAAAACUACUGGCCUGAUGACUCGUUCUUCCCAAAACCCUUCGUCCAGAAGUACUGCCUUAUGGGGGUUAAAGACAGCUACACGGACUUCCACAUAGACUUUGGAGGAACCUCAGUCUGGUACCAUGUUUUGUGGGGUGAGAAGAUCUUCUACUUGAUCAAACCCACUCCCACCAACCUUGCACUAUACGAGGCAUGGAGCUCCUCGCCCAAUCAGAGCGAAGUGUUCUUCGGGGAUAAAGUGGAUAAGUGCUACAAGUGUGUUAUUACCCAAGGAACCACCCUGCUCAUCCCUACAGGCUGGAUCCAUGGUGUUCUCACCUCUCAGGAUUGCAUGGCAUUCGGAGGGAACUUCCUUCACAACCUCAAUAUUGGCAUGCAGCUCAGGUGUUAUGAAAUGGAGCGUCGCCUGAAAACUCCAGACCUCUUCAAGUUUCCGUACUUUGAGGCCAUUUGUUGGUAUGUGGCUAAAAACCUCUUGGAAAUGCUAAAAGAACUACGUGAGGACAGCUGUCCUCCACCAACCUACCUUGUAGACGGAGUCAGGGCUUUAAUUGGCGCAUUGAGGACGUGGUUGAAAAGAGAGGUGACCGAGCCGACCAGCGAGGUUCCAGAUAAUAUCCGGCCCAACCAUCUCAUCAAGGAGCUGACCAAGGAAAUCUGCUACCUGGAGGAGGAACAAGUGAGCGGCAGCAAGCCAGUGAAAUCUCAGGGAAGUGGCGUACUGUUGGGAGCAAAUGGCUGCCUCACCACCCGCGCCCUGGAGAGGCUGUGCCAGGCGCGGCAGGCGAGGCGAGCCGCCCGGCGGCUCCGGGAGCAGCAGCAGGCCCCCAAGGCGCCGACCAACCUGGACAUCCUGGAGCAGCACACCAUGGAGGUGCUGAAGAGGGUGGAGGUGGGGACGCUCGAAGAGGAUCCAGCGUUUUGUGCCAAGGUUCUCGGAAAGUUCAACAAAGUGUCGACUGCAUCGGCAGCAGCUGCCGAGUCCUUGGAGGACAACCACCUACGUCUCAUGUUGGUCAACGGCAGAAUCAUCCGAGAUUUAAGGCGACCGGGUAGCAGUCCGGUAAAGACGGAGGGUGUCGACCAAAGCCCACCAAAGAGCACAGCUGAGAAAGCAUCGCUCCUCAGGCGACUGGAGAGGGUGAAGAAUGAACUCAGGGAGGAGACCUCAGGACACUCGAGCGUCUCGGAUGUGGAGUCAGACAGCGACUCUCCCUCCGAAAGUAAAUCGUCGUCGUCUUCGUCUUCUGACGACGAUUCAGAGAGUUCCCAGGAGGAAGAUGAGGAGGAGGAGCAGCAGAACGGCUCAGGGCACAGCAUGGAUCUGGACCAGUCGGGUCAGAAACUCAGGCACAAACACAAACCACUCAAACGAGAACGUCCUACCUCACCCAGCACAGAAGAGGCCAUUCAGGGGAUGCUGUCCAUGGCUGGUCUGCUGGAGGAGGCGCCGUCGCCGCAGGAUUCCUGGUGGGCCGGUUCGACCCAACGCUCGCUGCAGGGGGGCAAGAGCCCCAUGGACAGCCAGGGCAACAGCAGCAGCGAGGCCUGGGACAAUCAAGGGCUCCCCAGCCCCAAUACGGAGUACCAGUACUGUGACCCCUCCAUGUCUCCGCCGCUGCACCCUUCCAAGAGGAACGCGCCCAACCCUCCACCCAUCAGCAACCAGGCUACAAAAGGUAAAAGGCCCAAAAAAGGAAUGGCAACAGCCAAACAGAGACUCGGCAAGAUCCUCAAACUCAACAGACACAGUCGUGUUUUUGUUUGACGCGCUUCCUGAAACUUCAAACUCAAAGAAGAAAAAAGAUAAUUUGCCAUCAGUUCUCAAAGAAGUAAAAAAAAAGAGACAAAGAGACAAAGAGAGAAACUUUUUGUGUCACUUUUGUGCCGGAGAAAAGAAAAAUAUGGAGACGACCGCAACGGACCGGAUCUGAAAACACGCUCACUGUGCAUGCUGAGGAGACAGGGUAUUGAGUUUGAGCAAAUCUUCACAGGAAAAUAAUAAAAAUAAAAGCACACUAAGAACAAAAAAAGAGAAUUUUCAUGUGGAUUAAAUUGAAGUUUCAGCGGGCAUUCGAGUCUAAGAGAACCUGCGAUGAGCUCGGCAGGUUGAAACGUGGUGCUUCGAGGAAUUAAAAGAAAAAAAAUGGAGGUGGCGACGAACUGAAAUUUCAAAAUGGUGCUUCUUGUUUUGUAUUUUUCUUCCACUCGUGCUUUCCUUCCUCCCUCUUUUUAUCUCAAUCACACCAGCAAUAAUGACUUUGGAGCGAGAGGAGAGGCGGAGAGCGGGAAGAGAGCGCUGCCUCUCAAUUUGUUUUCAAUAGGAUUUAACUUUAAUUUAUUUCUCAUUUUAUCAGUUUCAUUUUCAAUGUGUUUAUGGAUUAUGUAUUUAUUAAUUGAAAGAAUUGAUGAUUUUAUGAAAUGACCAUGAAACCUUUAGUUUUGAGGGUUUUAAGAGGUCUUUCUUUUCUUUUUUUAAUCUUUAAACAUUUUUGUAAAUGUGGAUGUUUUUAGUCUUGAGUAGCAGUUGACCUUUGACCUUUCUAACUUUCUGUCACAAAUCUUUUCCUUCUGCGGUUGACUUGAGCCUGUGUUGAUUCCCGUCUCUUCCCAGUGAUUUUUGGGCGAUGUGUGAGUAGAGACUUAGGUUAGGUUUAUUUCUUUCACGUCUUCACCUGAACAUUCUCAGUUAGUGCCACUUAACUUUAAUUAGCAAAAAAAACCUAAAUAUCUGAGCCACUGUGGUCGGUACAAAGUACUUUAGUAGUUUUCAGACCCCUUGAACUUCUCCUUUUUGUUACUUUAAAGAAAAUGUAUGAUACACCGAGGUAAUAGUAGAGAAAAAUGUAGAACAUUAGUUCUGCGUUCCAAGCAAAUAAUUUAAAAUCGAAUUAGUUUAUUGUUGCUCCCAUUAUAUUGACAACUGCAGGGGGCUGAGUAAUGCGCCAGAGGGGAUUCCCAUAACUGAAAUUAUACACUCUUCUUUCUUCAACAUAUUUAUUGUUUUCAACAACAGUUCCUGACUUUUUUUUAUCUAAUAAAUGUUAAAAUAAAAAUUUAUAAUCUCAGCAUGAUUCUGCCACCACCAUAAAUGUGUUCAGUUCCGGGUGGAGUGCAGUGUCAGUUUUCUAACAGUUUCUUUUUUGUUUGUUUGCACUAAUUAAUAUAAGAAUAUAUUUUAAUUAGUUUUAUGUUUGCUAAAAACUUGAGUCCCACAGCAUGACUCUGCCAGCUCCAUGUUUCCCAGUGUUCAGUUCAGAGUGAGCUGCAGUGUUGGCUUUCAGUCACAAGCUUAUAUUUAUCUUUUUGACUACUUCACAUAUAAAAUAGGAAACAUACAUUUUUAAAUAUAUGUAUAUUUGUUUUUGGCUACAAACUCUUGAUUCCCACAGCAUGAUACUUCUACCACCUUGCAUUUUUCACUGGAGGUGCUCUUUUCAUUUAAAAGUGGUGUAUUUAUUUUAUUUUUUUUUUACAAAUUCAUAUUUUGAGGCUAAAAUUCCCACAGCAUGAUUCUGCCACCACCAUGCUUCACAGUGGAGUCACUAUUUAGCUCAGAAUGGUGAGCAGUAUUGGUUGUUUCUAAACGGCAAUUAAAAUGAGAAUUUAAAAAAUAGGCCAACUGUGAUUCCCAUAGCAUGACUCUGCCACCACCAUGUUUCACAAUGUAGACUAUUCAGCUCAGAUUGUAUACAUCUAGUUUUUUUUUCCCAAUAUAUUCUAUAAAUUAACCAUUUUUAAACAUGGCAACUAAUCAGAUUCCCUUAGCACUAUGGUGCCACCACCAAGUUUCGAAGUAGAGAUUGUGAAUUUGGUGAAUUAACUUUAUUUUAGGGAAGAAGUUGGGGUUUGUUUUAACUUAAUGUAAAAAAAAGGGAUUAUGCAAUGCAAUACUUCAGGUUUGUCACGUAAAAACUAUAGUUUAAAUUUAGUGGUUUUAAAGUGAUAAAAUGGGGAAAAGUUCAAGGGGUAGAAACACUCGAAGUGUUCAGAAAAACGAGGAACCUCCGAUGGGAAUGAGUGAGUAUUGUUGUUUUUAUUUUAAGUACCAGUGAUGUUGUGAAACGUGAGCAGUUCUUCACUCUCAGGGAAUGAUGCCAUGGACAUUAACCUCCGAUUAACCACCAGCCACAUCAUCACGGAUGCAGACAGGACGCUCUCAGCUCUCCCAGGACUUUCAGGAAGUCCUGCUUCCGAGAAGCUGAGGUUUGUUUUCAUAUUUCCAAAAAAAA